AUGGGUACCCCCGCACAAGAACAACAACAAGAACAAAGCCGUGAAUGGUCCAAUUCAUUAUGGGGUUGCUGUUCUCCCGCUGGAACAUGUUUCACCGCGUGUUGCUGUCCCUGUCUUCUCUUUGGAAAGACGCAAUCGCGAAUGGAAGAUCCUGCCCUCAAGGAGUAUAGCCAUAUGAAUGGAGACUGCUGCCUCUUCACCCUCGCAGGCUACUUUGGUCUCAGUGGCAUUCUCCUCAUGUUGAAGCGCGGUGAAAUGCGCAAGCGAUUCGGCAUCGAAGGGAACGGUUGCACGGAUUGUCUGGUGGCGUGCUGCUGUACGUGCUGCGCCCUGGUGCAGCAUGAGAAAGAAGUCGAGGCCCAGUCGGAGAAGAUGCUGGCCGGAGGAUAUCAGGCUCCUGCGGCUAUGGCGUAUCCAUCCUAG